GUUGUUGUUGGCCUCAUUCUGUAAUGCACUAAACCAUCAUAACGCAACUUUAGAACUAGAAGAAGCUUUCAUAUUUCUUUCAAUCCAAAAAACAGCAUAUUUGAAAUGGAAGAUGAAGUGGUUCUACUUGAUCUUUGGGCAAGCUCUUUUGCAAUGAGAGUGAAAAUAGCCUUGGCAGAGAAGGGGAUAAAAUAUGAGUGCAAGCAAGAGGACUUGUUUAACAAGAGUCCUCUACUUCUAGAAAUGAACCCAAUUCACAAAAAAAUCCCUGUUUUGAUUCAUAAUGGAAAACCCAUUUCUGACUCUCUCAUCAUAGUCCAAUACAUUGAUCAAGUUUGGAAUCACAAAUCACCUUUACUCCCUUCUGAUCCUUAUCAAAGAUCACAAGCCUUGUUUUGGGGAGACUACAUUGAUAAGAAAAUAUAUAGCAUCGGGAGGAGAAUAGUGGCGGGAAAAGAAGACCAAGAGGAAGCAAAGGAAGAGUUAAUGCAAUGCUUGAAGACCCUAGAAGGAGAGCUUGGAGACAAGCUCUAUUUCGGGGGAGAGAGCAUUGGAUAUGUUGAUGUGGCACUUGUACCAUUCACCAGCUGGUUUUACACUUACGAGACAUGUGGAAAUUUCAGCAUAGAGGCAGGGUGUCCCACGCUGAUUGCAUGGGCCAGAAGGUGCAGAGAAAAUGAGAGCGUAUCUAAGGCACUCCCCGACCCUCUCAAGACUUAUGACUAUAUGAUGCAGCUCAAGAAGAGACUUGGAUGGUAAUAGGAAACGUCACAUUGUUAUGUUACAAAAAUAAAAAUCGAGGAGCUGUUGGUUCGCUCGAAUCUAUCCCGAAUCUUAUUGCAGGAAUAAACGAUAUGAGAACGUAGGUUCUAGUCUUUGUAAUCCUAUGUUACUGCAGUAGAAGAAAUAAAGCAACUGCUAAGUUGCCUGUUUGUAUUAUGUCUUUAAAUCACAUAUAUUUUCUAUCUCUAUUGCACGAUGAACACAAACAGUGAACAAAAAUUUUG